ACGUCACUUACACACACCAGCAUGCAUCCACUCCCGGCCCCCAUCAUGCAUGCACCCACUCCCUAGCACGCAGCCAUUCCAACAUGCACUCCCCACUUACAUUUCACUUCAACAUGCCCUACUACACCAAAAUGGACCAACUUUCCCAAAAAUUACCCAUCCACAGAACUAUUUACAUGACAUUAUUCUUUCCCGGAAUUAAUUUUUGAAUCAAUAAAAAUGAAAAUGAAACUAUCAAUUCAAUAUUCCGGGUUUCCCACGAUGAGUCAUCAUACUAUUUUUUCAAGUGAUAUGUGUUAGGCCUAGCCUAUAAGAACCGACCGGGAUCCUGUGGCCAGUUUCAAUUGCAUCACGUCGAACGGUUUAAACAUUUCAGUAGACAUUUUACAGUUAUUAAUAAGCUACCGGUAACUAAACUCUGGCUCUAACCAUGGCUGAAACACAGAAAAUGUAUACAUCUGGUGGUAAAGUUGAACAUCCAAGCAGCUACAAUAAUAAUAUUGCCGAGAUCUCUGGAGAUGGUAUAUCGUAUCCCGCAGAUGAAGACAUUGUGCGUUUUUGGGCAUUUACAUGCUCGCAGCAAUCUUGGGGAAGAAAUCUACUCCAGAUCACUACCAAGAAGGCUGUAGGACUACCAAAGUGUGUGAAAAAUGCCUACACUGUAGAUUUCAAAGGAUAUGCAUACGACAAAGAUGUAAAUAAAAAUCUUAAAUCUGAGCUGAAGUGGAUGCGGGCGGAUUCAUCCACGGACCAACUAGUGAAACUGUCAAUGCACGAUCCUAUAAAACCGAACAAAUACGAUUUCCCAUAUGUCUUGUGUACAUACAAGUUGAAGGAUGUUGUCACCCCGUUUGCAGUCCACCAAGACGACAUAUCUUCAUUAGAUUCGUCGACAAUAGUAUUCAAGAUACAGAAUGCAUCUUUGGGCUCGAUUUCUUUAUUCACUAUCAGCGAAAAUGAACAGCCCAGUUCAUUAAGUUCACAUUUCAUCGGCAGGACGCCUGACGGAGACGCCAUUAGAAUUACUUCCUUCCUUCAGCCAUCUCUAGUGAAUCCAAUGACAUUGAUGUUUAUGUCAGAUCAGGGUCCACGGCGGCAGGAUAAGUAAAUAACUAAGUCCAAAUUUCCGCUAAGCCCCGCCCCUUGGAUAUUGUUGCUAAGGUCUCACAAAGCGACAGUAAAAACAAACGCAAACACGCGCAUUUGUGGGAGACAACACGUGCUUGUUGGACACGUGCGUAUUCCUGGCAUUGUUCCGAUAUUGGUGUCAGUGUCAACCAUGUUUGACCAUUAUGCAAUCGCGGAUAAAAGGAGAUGUAGACAAACAAAGAUGUACUACAUUAAAUAGAUCUAUAUACAAAAUAAUAUAUAUUUAUAUUUUGCAUGCAACAUCCAAUUAUGAAUAUGUGUCUAUUAGGCUAAUUCGAUUUUGAAAUUGAUAAAAUCGAAUAUUGAAAAUAAUUCUGUGAAAAUAAUAUUUAAUUGGAUAAAACAAGCUAUAUUUAUAUCCCAGCUCAUUAACAUAAAGUACUAGGGAAAUAAUAAUUUGAAAAAAAAAAA